AUCUCAUCGCAUCGCAUCGCAAACUCAAACAAAACAUACAUUCAAAGCGUCACUCGCGAUUCGCGUACGAAACGCGCACACGUGUCGUAUGCGUAAUGUUCAUUUCAACAAAUAAACUGCAAAUUUGAUUCAACUAAAUCUAAGCAGACAAUCAACGCGAGAUAUCGCAUUAUGUUUUUAUCUUUUUUUUUUGUCACGUGCUACGGUAUUUAAUUGAGUGUUAAAAGCGUCAAUAAAAAGCAAUAAAAAGUAUAAUAACAACGACAAUAACAACACAAACAGAAACUACGAAAUAAAGAAAAAUACGCGACUUGCAACAAUGUUACCCAUAAAGCUUGCUGUCCUGCUCUUUUGUUGCAUCUCCUUCUCGCCAGCCGAGGAACUCGAAGCUAAGCCCAUGGAUGCAAAGGUCGAGGCUGUGGAAACCACUAAACUGACGCCCAGCGUCGAAGAAUCGAAGAGUAAAACGGAAAAACGCGAUUCUUCAGAUCAAACAGGCACCGUGUUCAUAAGCAAUCCAACCAAAGAGACUGCUUUCCGGCCCAUUUACCCAGCGGCCACAUAUUACGCAGCGCCAGCGGAAAGCGAUGCCAUAUUUGAGCCAACCACAGUGCGCUACACAGCAGCCGAUGCAGCAGCAGCAGCAGCACCACAGCAACAACAGCAGGCCUUUUAUGGCAAGUCGGAAGGUGGCAGCAUACGCUUUGGCGAACAGCGUCAUGGCGCUGUCAGAUCAUCCCUGCCAGGUCCACUGAGACUUUCACAGCACCAACAGCAACAGCAACAUCAUGCAGCGCCACCGCAUAGGUUUAGCUAUGCAGUGCAGCCACAAGUGGAGCUUUAUCAGCGGCCGAUUGCCAAGCAACAUGCGCCAAUUUACAACUAUGUCGAGGCGGAACCGAGCAUGUAUGAACGCCUUGCCCCACAGCAAUACCAAUUAGGUGGAGCCUCGACAGCAGCAGCAGCAGCCGCAUCGUUGCCUGGCCAUCGUGUGCAAUACAUUAUCGCCAUACCACUAUCAUAUAUGCGACAAUUGCAACAGCAACUGGGCGGCAACUUGUUGCAAGUGCCCUCGAGCCCAGCUCCAAGCAGCAGCAGCAGCAGCACAACCACAACCAGCACCUCGACAACCACAUCAACAGCUGCACCACCGUCAACACCAGAGUCAGCAAUUGCCUCAGCAAGUCAUCCAAUUGUCCAGCUACUCGGUCCAUUGGCACGCGAUCAACCGAGCGUGUAUCAUCGCCAUCAGUACUAUCCAGCUGAGGGGCCAACUGCAGCGUCUCCCUAUGCUCAGCAGUAUCUGCAGAUACCAGCUAGCGUUCUGCUAGCUGCCACACAACAACUGCAGCAGCAUCAUCAACAGCAUCAGCAGCAGCAACAACAGCAGCAACAUCAGCAACAACAACAGCAACAGCCACAAACCUAUGCGAAGGUUGCUCCCACAACGUCGCCAGUCUAUCAGCCAUUCAUCUAUCAAUCGCAGCCACAGUUUCAGCUGCCACGCCUCUAUCCAGCAGCGCCCAUGAUCUAUACCGAGCAGCCAGUGGCUCAACAAACUACGCUUUAUGCAUAUCCGCUGGCACAGCAACAUCACCAAGCACUGCAGCAGCAGCAGCAUCAUCAUCACCAGCAGCAACAACAGCAACAACCGGCACGUCUAGUCCGAUUGGGCCCCAAGCAUGGACAACAGCAACAUAAAUACGCAGCAGUGCCGUUGGCAGCAACGGCUUCUUCCGUUUCAUCGGCGCCAGUGGCAACAGCAACGACAACAACGGCAACGGCAGCAACUCUAGUGUUACCAACAGCAACAACAGCAACGCAUGAGGCAGUGCAACAGCAACAGCAACAACAACAACAACCACAUCAUUCACUGCCCAUCGUGCACUACAAUCCAAUUUAUGUGCAGGCACCAGCAGAGCAACAACAACAGCAGCAACAGCAGCAGCAGCAACAUCAAUUUGCAAUAUUGCCACGUUUUAGCAAUAAUAACCCAAAGGCGGGUUACAAUCUAGCCCAUGAAUCAACGCCACCAAUUCAUGUUGUCAGAUUGUCAGCAGCCAACGCAUUAGGACAGCACCAGCAACCGAUACACCAUUACCAUCACUACCAGCCAGCCAUGGCACAGCAGCAACAGCAACAGCAUCCACAUCUUUACCAGCCACAUGCAUUGCCGGUGGGCAACUACAUUGAGGAGCAGCCACAGCAGCAACAUCAACAGCAUCAGCAGCAGCAGCAGCCAGCUCUUAUACCGUAUUUUAGUCAUCCGGGUGCCGUGCACUAUGGCACGCAUUUGUAUCAUCCGGCAUCGGUUGCCGCCGUCUCAGCAGCAGCGGGCACAAAGCAGCUACAACAACAACAACAGCCACAGCAACAACAUCAGCAGCGACAGGCAAGUGAAGCGACCGCAACAAGUGGAAGGUUGCCAGGUGACAGCGGCGUCAAACAGCCAACAGCCGCCACGAAUAUUGUGAAAUAUCCCUAAGCGAUGCCUGACGACAGCAACAGCAACAACAACAACAGCAACAACAACAGUUGCAACAGUCGAAAGCACGGCGACAACUGCAGCGAACUGUUCACUUUGCUUGCGGCUAUUUUUGUUCCACUUGUUUUAUAUGUGAUGUUUAUGUGUGAGUGUUUGUAUGUGUGUUUAUGUGCGUGUGUGUGAAUGAAUAUCCUACAAAAUAUUUUCUAACUUAUUGCAGCAGUUGCAGUUGUUAUUAUGAUUAUUUUGUUCUUCUUAGUUUGCUACCAAACUAAUUCGCCUAAUUUUCUAGAAUAACUUUUUUUUGUGUUGUGUUUUUUUAUAUAUACGAAUGUUGUUUUUUUUUUAUUAUUUUUAUAAUUUAAUAUUGGGUGCUGUGCUUUGUAUAUUUUGCAAAAUAUUUGACAUUUAAUUGCCUUGAAGUUUGUGUCCAACUUUUGUUUGCUCUUCGCGUUGUGUACAUAUUUUUUGAAAUUUUUGAAAUAAACUCUCGUUAA